GCCUGCUUCCUGUCCUGCCUGCCGCCAUGCUUUCCUUACCAGCUUCUACGUCUUCCCUGUUGUGAUGAAAUCCACCCUCAUGGACCUAUACUACCGAACUGGACUGCUGGCAUAUUCAUAAAGUGCUUAUGAGUGAGCCGAGCUGCCUCUGAGGAUUCCUGUGAACUGAACUGCUGAUUUCCUAACAAUACAGAUGUAAGUUGCUUCAAAAAACAAUUUCUAAACAGGUAUUAUUACACAUUCUGUGAAUAAUACAAAGGCAGUUGGCAAAAGACAGAGCAGAGGGCUUGGAUUCAGAAGACUUGAGGUCAAUCCAUCUAGUCAUCCUUUAUAAGCUGCGUGGCAUCAGGAAGUUUUCCUUUUUCUCAAUGUAAAGUGAAGAAAAAAUCCAGUGUUUCUCAACUGUAUUGCUAUUCCUAUUUAGGUAUUUUAUCUAAGCUGACCCUGGAUCUGUGAGAUGGAUCGUGAAUAUAGAGAAAUGCUGUUGUUGACUGGCCUGGAUAACAUCACAGAGGAGGAACUGAAACGGUUCAAGUACCUUGCCUUGACUGAGUUUACUAUUGCCAGGAGUAAACUGAACACUGCAGACAGGACUGAGUUAGCUGAGCAGCUGAUUCAAAGUGCAGGUGCAGAGUCUGCGGUGACGAAGGCCAUUUGUAUUUUCCAGAAGUUGAAUUAUAUGCAUAUUGCAAACGCUCUUGAAGAGAAAAAGAAAGAAGCUGAAAGUAAAUACAUGACAAAGACAAAGAAGAAAGAAACACAGAAGGAAGAAAAUAGAAGUCAAGCUGAAAAAUGUUCUGUUGCCUCUGCCACCUGCAGUGACAAAGACUUCAAGAAGACUAUAGAAGUCUGUUCUCAAGCUAAGCCUCAGAAGAAACAGAUGGUGGGAGAACAGGAAGCCAUCAGAGAUUUACAGAAAGAUCCACUGAUAGUCAUGGUGCUGAAAGCUAUAAAUCCCUUUGAGUGUGAGACCCAGAAAGGAAAACAAGAGAUAUUCCAUGCAACAGUGGCCACAGAGAAAGAAUUUUUCUUUGUAAUAGUUUUAAAUUCACAGUUUAAAGAUAAAUUUAUCCCAAAGAAAACAAUAAAAAUAUCAAACUACUUUUGGCACAGUAACUUCAUGGAGGUCACCAGUUCCUCAGUUGUGGUUGAUGCUGAGUCUAACCAGGAAGUCUGUGUCCCAAAUACCAUUAUUAAGAAAGCUGGAGAAACUCCCAAGAUUAGUAAACUGAAAACUCAGCCAUGUGGAACAAUUGUGAAUGGGCUGUUUAAAGUCCAGAAGAUAACAGAGCAUAACAGUAGAGUACUGUAUAGUAUACAUGAUAAAACAGACACAAUGGAGGUGCUGCUGCUUGGAAACCAGAGCAAAACAAAAUGCGAGGAAGGAGACAAGAUUCGGCUUACAUUCUUUGAGGUGUCAAGAAAUGGAGAGAAAAUUCAGUUGAAAUCUGGACCUUUUAGCUUCUUUAAGGUUAUUAAGGCUGCAAAGCCAAAAACUGAGAUGAAAAGUGUGGAGUGAAGUCAACUCACCUAAAAAGCAUUUUCCUGAAGAAUCUUAA